AUGGACCUCUUGUUACUGGACGCUUUUGGAGCUUCAUUACUACGACCUCUGUUGCUAUUGAAGCAGUCUCUAGAAAUUCCACCUCCGCCCUCACCCUCGUACAGCUACCGCCGCAGUAUCCGUCCCCUUACCACCGCCGUCAUGCACGAGAUCACCCCUCCCGACCCAGAAGAGCUCGGUGGAAACGUCACCAAGCCUUUCAAGUUCGUGACUGCUGGCUACGACGCCCGAUUCCCCAACCAGAAUCAGACCAAGCACUGCUGGCAAAACUACGUCGACUACCAUAAAUGCAUCCUGGCCAAGGGCGAGGACUUUAAGCCCUGCAGACAGUUCUACCUUGCGUAUCGCUCGCUCUGCCCCAGUGGCUGGGUGCAGCGAUGGAACGACCAGCGUGAGGCGGGCAACUUCCCCGUUGACUUGGAACAUUAGUGAAGAAACGAUGGAGAGAACAAGGCGAGGAAAGCAGAACAGAGAUACCAAGACGAGAUGUAUCAAGAAGCAGUAAAAACCCAAAUCCAUGUGGCAGUCUCGCCAAAGAAAAACACAAAACAAGUCACAAUAAAUGGUCAUGGAUUGUCCCACGGCACGGCGGGGUCCAUCAUGUGUACUUGACACUGGCGACUUUUGCAUGCAGGAUGAUGUAUGUGGAGGACAAUCGGCGCCAAAGACUCAGACUCAAGACUCAAUUCUCUGUACAUAGCACACUAUCUCGAGUUGGACGCGGUCACGCUACUCUAUCUAACAUAUCUCUGCUGUCUUCGACAGAAAUCCAUCAUCAUGUAAUACCUGUUGUGCAUUCUAUGCCUACC